UGAAAAACACACGCUAUUACAGGAGUGAUGAGGAAGGAAGCGCGCACAUGCCUUCCAAGUCUUCAAACUAAAGUUAAAAGAGAUAGAUAAUUACUCAUCAGCUCUUUUAAGAUCCAAUCACCCCGGGGCAAAAGUCUCUCCGGGGUCCGUUCUCUCGAUCCUCCAGUCUGCUCGGCCAGAGAGUUGACCUGUGACCGGGUGGAGAGAUGAAGACUCCGCAGAUCAUCCGAGAAUCACCGGUACUCCUUCUGCAGCUGCAGCUGCUGCUGCUUCUGACAGGGGUUUGCAUUGACGGGUACAAGCCUGUCAUCAUCGUGCAUGGCAUUUUGGAUGGACCAAAACAGUUCAGCACGUUGGCUUUUCACAUAAACAAGGUGCAUCCAGGCACCGAGGUGACAGUGAUUGACUUGUAUGAUAGCUGGGCCAGUCUGGAGCCAAUGUGGAAGCAGGUCCAAGGCUUCAAGAAAGCCUUCGACUCCAUUGUGCAAAAAGCUCCUGAUGGCGUUCAUCUUGUGUGCUUCUCACAAGGUGGUCUAAUUUGUCGAGCACUUCUCUCCAUGGCUCCAGACCACAACGUGCACACCUUUGUUUCGCUGUCAUCACCACUGGCCGGGCAGUAUGGAGACACAGAAUACCUGAGGAAGGUAUUUCCUGACUGCACAAAAAAGUUAGUGUUUCAUUUUUGUUACAACAGAGUGGGACAGAAAGUGUCUAUCUGCAACUACUGGAAUGACCCUCACCAUCGGCCCCGCUACCUGCAGGGCAACAGCUUUCUGGCUAUGCUUAAUGGUGACAGACCUCACAACGACAUGAAAGCAUGGAGAGAAAACUUCCUGCGUAUCAAGAAGCUUGUGCUGAUUGGAGGACCAGAUGAUGGCGUCAUCACACCGUGGCAGUCCAGCCACUUUGGAUUCUAUGACAGCGACGAAAACAUUGUAGAAAUGAGAAACCAGGAGACUUACAAGAACGAUACGUUUGGGCUGAAGAUGCUGGACACUCGAGGCGACAUGUCAGUGUGCGUUCACUCUGGAGUGAAGCACAUUCAAUGGCACUCCAACUACACAGUGUUCAGCACCUGCAUAGAGAAGUGGCUCACAUGAAUAUAUAUAUAUACAGUAUAUAUACAAAUAUAAUUCACAAAUGCUUGCACUUGCUUCUCUUCUGAACAAAAAAAAAGGCUUCCAUAGACAACCAAAAAAUAUGGUCUUAAUAUACAGUCUAUGGUCACUCCCGAUC